AUGGGGAGCGUUGAAAUUGUCAUCCAGUCUCGCAUCAAUAAGUUUCAAAAAACGUUAAACUGCCUUAUCAUCCCAAAUAUAACUAGUGCUAUUCCUAAUGAACCCUUUCCUCGAGAAGCAAUCGACAUACCUAAUGGGAUUCGAUUAGCUGACCCACAGUUCCACGUUCCACGUUCCGUUGACAUCCUCAUAGGCUCAGGGUGGGUAAUAGUAGGAGGCAUUAAGUCACAUCCAGAGGGCGUUGCUACAUGUAAUUUGGUAGAAUUGAACGAACAGCUCGCGAAAUUUUGGGAAUUGGAGGAGGUUAGUAAUCAGUCAGUUUUUACCACGGAGGAGAGCGCAUGCGAAAAUCAUUAUGUACAGAAUACCAGACGUGAUGAUAGUGGUAGGUAUAUAGUUAGGCUGCCUUUUAAAUCACCAAGUCCAGAAUUAGGGGAUUCUCGUUCUAAAGCCUUCCGGCUACUGCAAGCUAUGAGACAUCGAUUUAAGGGUAAUCCUAACCUCGAAGUAGAAUAUACAAAGGUUAUGCAGGAAUAUGUAGACUCAAAUCACAUGACACUGAUAGAGGAUAAGGGUGCCGGGGGAUAUUGUAUGCCCCAUCACGCCGUUGUCAAACCAUCUAGUACCACAACGAAGACCCGAGUAGUUUUCAAUGCAUCUUCCAAGACCGAUAAAAAUCUUUCGCUGAAUGACAUGCUCAUGGUGGGGCCUACAAUUCAACCAAAACUCUUCAACCACCUCCUCAGGUUUCGCACUCAUACUUACGUCGUUACUGCAGACAUAGAAAAGAUGUAUAGACAGAUUUUAGUAGAUCCCCGGGACCGGCCCUAUCAACGAAUUCUAUGGGUACAUCAGGGUAGAAUUAGGACUUACGAGCUGAACACGGUUACCUUUGGAGUAUCAUCCGCUCCCUUUCUAGCUAUUAGAACGAUUCAUCAGUUAGCAGAGGAUGAAAGGGCAAAUUUCCCUAGGGCUAGUGUUAUCUUAAAGCGGGAUUUUUAUGUAGAUGAUCUACUUACUGGGGCAAACUCUUUACAGGAGGUUUUACAGAUUCGGGAUGAGUUAAUUCAAUUGUUAGCUAGCGGGGGGUUUCCGAUUAGAAAAUGGGCUUCAAAUCACGCUCAUGCACUUGACGACUCAGAGGGGAGGGUCUUUAAAAUGGAUAGCUUAACAGAGGGGGAUCCGAUAGUUAAAACCUUAGGUAUAUCUUGGGACUCCCAAUUAGAUUGUUUUGCAUAUGUAGUUAAACGAAUAGAAACGCCCCAAACAGUCACGAAACGAGUCAUUCUAUCCGAAAUCGCAAAGAUUUUCGAUCCCCUAGGGCUUUUAGGGCCAGUCGUAUUCGCAGCUAAGGUCAUCAUGCAGGAUUGUUGGAAGGCAAAGGUAGGGUGGGAUGAAUCAGUGCCACAAGAACUACACACCAGGUGGCGUUUAUUUGUAGAGCAACUAGAUCGAUUAGAAGAAGUAUCGUUUCCUAGACAUCUUAUUUUACCCAGCGCAUUGGCGAUUGAGGUGCACGGAUUUUGCGACGCAAGCAAGCGAGGAUAUGGGGCUUGCAUAUACUUAAGAUCAGUUGACAGAACCAACCAGGUCCUCGUUCGCUUAGCGUGCGCCAAGUCUCGGGUAGCUCCAGUCAAGCAAACCACCAUUCCCCGGCUUGAAUUGUGUGGCGCUCUAACGCUAGUGAGAUUGUUUAGGGAGUUUCGGGAAUCAUUUGAAGUUUCGUUCCACAAGGUCGUGUUUUGGUCCGAUUCAGAGAUUGUUUUGCAGUGGAUUAAAAAACCUCCACAAGCCCUGAAGGUUUUUGAAGGGAAUCGUGUCGCAGAAAUCCAAGAGUUGUCGAGUAUCGUUGAAUGGCGUCAUGUCUCCAGCAAAAACAAUUUCGCUGAUGUUCUUUCUAGGGGUCAAGUUCCAGCCGAGUUCAUUCAGAAUGAUACAUGGAGUUCCGGGAUGAAAUGGCUGUACCAAUCAGAGGAAGAUUGGCCCAAAUCUGCGAGAGACCCCAACGUCGAACUUCCAGGAUUAAGGACUCCAACCUGUCUUGCCCUCACUGCUAAUGAAGUUCUGCCUUCAAAGUUUGAAAGGGAAAUUCGGCAGAUCGAGAAAACUGGUUCUACAAAAAAUACGAAAAUAGCAACGUUCAACCCCUUUAUCGAUCCCAACGGUUUACUUCGUGUAGGUGGCCGGCUUCGCAACGCGCAGAUUUCUGAUGAACAAAAAUAUCCAAUAUUGCUACCCUCUUAUCACCAUGUAACGGAUCUCAUUAUUCGCCAAACUCACCAGUCGUUAUUGCAUGCAGGAAUCCAGAGCACGUUGUAUAGAAUUCGUCAGAAAUUUUGGCUGUUAGAUGGAAAGAAUCAAGUUAGGAGAAUUGUGCGGCAUUGCGUCACAUGCGUAAAACAUCGUCCAGUAGCCUUUCAGGGAAAAAUGAGCGAUUUACCCCAGGCGCGCGUGCAACAAGCUUCGGUCUUCGAACACGUAGGAAUAGAUUAUUUUGGCCCUAUCAACAUCAAGGAAAAACAGUUUAGGAAUCGUGUUAUUCUUCAAGCUUAUGGUUGCGUUUUUAUUUGCAUGAACACAAAGGCAGUCCACAUUGAGAUAGCGAGCGACCAGACUACCGAAGGAUUUCUAG